AUGGCAAGUCCAUGGCAAACUUUGGGGCGCUUCGACUUCCAGCCAGAUCCUGGCUAUGUCAGAAACAUGGAGGAGUUCUACACAACGAGCACUGCGAUUGGAAAAUGCCGCCUUGAUACGGUGGGCCACCUGAAGCCCUGCGAUGAUCGGCAUGCUCCAAUCCGACUCUACCGCAGCUAUGGCGAGUGGUUUGAAGCCGGUCUUCAGGCUCCGAUGCCCAACGUGACCCUGGAGACGACGUCGUCUCGCUUCUGGCCCUAUGGGCAGAGUGUGACGAAGCUGUACCAGACGACAGAUAAGAAACAUCAGUACUACGGACGAAAAGGAGGUGCAGAAAUCCUUGCGCCCAAAGCGCCACCAGCGCCCAGCGUCGAUGACGUGACGAAAGUGAUUUUUGAUCGGCUCUACCAGUCGAAUUCUUUGCCCGCUUUGCCGCCCUCCCGCGCUUCCUCGAGGACGCCGAGUCAACGCGAGCGAGCUCGGCGGCCGUUGGGAUCCUUUUCUGGACUCGUGCUGCAAGAGAAUGCAGAGCUCGAGAAUGGUCCUGCAACUGGUGCUAUCUUCUCAAGCAGAUCCGGUGGAAGCAGGAGAUCUCGCCCUGCUACUGGCCAGCACAGUGGAGCCGAGCAUAACUUGCUGUUCUUCAAUGAUCAGCAAAGGCAACGGACACCCUCACUUCGCAGCUCAUCGUCCUUUAGUGCCACCUCUUCGUUGUGGUUGGAGGUCGAGAAAGCAGUGCAGGAAGAGGUCGCUAAGGAGGCCAUGGCCCGGCUCCCGCCGCCGCCCCGAGCGGACCGAGCGGGCUUGGGCAAGCGACGGCGAAGCACAGAAUGGGAUGAGGAGCGGCGGAGCCCUACUCUGCCCUACUGGCCCUACUCUGCCUUGUUCUUCGUCCUCGAGGACGACCUCAAGGCCGGUCGGCGCCCCAACUCCGUGGUGCGCUGCCACGGCGGCGCGUCGUGUCGGGCAGCUGAGCUUCGCCGUCUGACCAGACCGACCUGUGAGCCCUGUGGUGAAUUUGCUGAGGGCGCCGGACGAUGGGGGUUGGGGUCGCAGGGGUUCUGGACUGACGCCUGGCCGACACGCUUGGCGGAAGAACACCAGGAAAGACGUCCGGCGACGUUUUCGGUGCAAAGCUUUGCAUCUUUGGCCAGGCUUACUCCAGCAGGUUUGGACCUCGCCGGAGAUAUGAUGGCAGAAGAUCUGAACGAAGAGGAUGAUGGCUGGAAGAGACCAGAUCCUGAACGCAGCAAGAAGUAUCGCUUGCGGCUUGAGGAUUGGAUCUUGGCUGUGAACCUCUUGCUAAGCUGGGAUGACCAAAAGACCAUCUCAGCAGCUGACAUGGAAGAGUUCCUCUCACGGUUUUUGGAGUAUGAUGCCAAAGUGAAGUACCGCAUCACACCGCGACUGACCUCCGAGAUAUUCUUAAGGGGAAUCCUUCGUACCCUCUGGGACAUUGAUCGUUUGUUGCGUGUUAUGAACCCUGGCGAGGAGCUAAAGAUGGUCACCGCCAAAAGCCCUCUGGUCCUCAGCAUUCUGCGGGUGAUGGCGUACGAGUUCAUGUGGACCCCAAACUGCGCUGCUCGAGGAGCCAAAGAAGGUGCAAGGGAUUUAAUGGAAAGGGUCAGCCUUUCAGUCAAGGCUGACAGAGAUUGGAUCACCGAUGCGAUGAUCCGGAUGGGUGAGGCCUUUGAAAAGGCGACAGCCGGAUGGGUGAGGCAGGAGGUGAUAUCAGAUCUGCCGGGCGUCUCGAUCGAUUUCGGCAGGUUCGUGUCGAUGACUCUUGAGUGCUGUGCCACUCGUUUUUCGGCCAGCGCCGCCAACGUGCUGACAAAGCGGCCCGUGCUGCCGGUGGCGGGGACUGACUUGGCCGCUGGAGGUGCCAAAGUGAAGUUGGCGGAGAACGCCAAAGCCAAGGCGGCCCGCAAAAGAGAAGGCGAAGAUCCUCGUGCCAAACGGAAAGCCUCGACCCCAGAGUUCGGGCGCGACUCCGGGACUCCACCGGACGCCCCACGGUGUUGGGUUCGCAUUGAGACCGGUCCACGCUUUCGAUCCAAGGGCGCGGAUGCUCACUUUGGCAAUGCCAGAGCAUUGGCCGCCAAGGAGCAGGUCGGCUCGCGGGAAUUCCGCCGCAGUGAGGAGCUCGGAACCCUGGAGACCGCAGUGGUCUCCAAUGCACCUGUUCGGAUGGCAGAUGAGGAGGUUGAUGAAGAUGCUGGUGAUGAGGAGGAUGCAGAGCCAGAUGUUGAGGGAGAAGAACCAGAGGCAGCUGAGAGAGAAGUUGAAGAUGCAGAAGAGGAUGCGGAGGCCAAGGAUGCAGGAGUGGCCGAGGCUGAGGCUACCCCAGUGGAACCAGAGGAGACUGCAUUGCAGCGAUUUAUCAACGGUUUGCCAUUCAGCCGGCGGCCGACCGGUGCCAGCUGCUUGGCCAACGACACCAUGGACCUGCCAAGCCUGGCCAGAUACGCCAUGGCGGAAAGGCCCAGACUGGCGACAGAGCCUUUGGUGAAGAUUGUGGAUGAGGCAGUGUCUCGCAAAUGUGCGGCGAUCUACUACCGCGAAUGCCAUUUCCAGGCACUGUGCCUGCACGACAUGAGUCAGGGAUUGGCUCGUCAUGCUCCCCAGAGGACGAGCGUGGCUUUCUUUGGUCUCCUAGGAGGAAAGCGGUGUAUUGCUGGUCUCUUCGAAGCUCUUGGCUUGCUCCUGCGCGACCUGACGGGAGAGCGAGCUGGAGAUCAGGUGUUUUUGCUACAUGCUGGAACAAUGAUCCAGCUUCUCGUGGAGACCCUGCUGGCGUACUUUACCGCUUUCCAGGCGACUCUGGAGGAGGCGGAGCUAGUGCUCUCUUUGCUUCCUCAUGUGGUGACUUCACAGCAUGCUCCGAUUGGGCAAGGUUUCACGGUGUCUGACCUGGACCUGGUCCUACGCGAGGAGCACAAUGACGUAAGCAUCAAGCUUUGCUUGGUGCUGAUCUGCAUGUGCUACACACAGGGUGAAUUGAAGCUCGACCCAGCCAAGCUGCGGGAGGAUGUGCUCCCUUCGAAGAUUCGGCUGCAGGAACUCUCUGCGACCGACGGGAACCUGCUUUCCGGAUCCUUUGGUCAGAAGCUGCGAGCAGGUAGCUAUUGGAAUGAAGAAAGCCAGCUAGGCCAAUUUCUUUGCUUUGCCAUCAGCGGCGUCCUUCUGGAAGAUGAUCAUGCGCUUCGGGGAGGAUACGUUCGAUGGCACAUUUUCCACUUUUUGCUGCAAGAGGUUCUGAUGUCAGGUGUUGCUGUGCCAGACACGUGCUCUGGUGCGCUGGUGUUGCGCUGCCUGAAUGAGCUUCUGCAGCGGGCCUUGCUUCCUGUGGGAAGACGCUGGACGGCGAUCAAGAAGCUUGAAGCGCAAGCUGUGUCAAUGCGCUUGCUUGCCGCAGAUUCUUUACAGAUCUCUGCGCUCCAAGUGCUGAAUCGCUUGUGCCGGGUUCAUCCUCAAGCCUGCGAAGCCUUCCGCGACGUGGCGUUACAAUGUCACACCGUCAAUCCUCGGGAGCCUUCAACCCGUGGUGCUGGCCUGAGCCCCUUAGGAGCUCUGGUGCUGAGGGAGAUCGCUGGGCUCUUAAGAAAUGGCAAUGCCUUCAAUGUCUUGGCCCCUGGGGGAUCACUUCAGGAUAACACAAUGCUCUAUGCGGAGAUUCUGGACCUGGUGGCGACCAUUUGCUCUCGAGGGUCACACAGCAACCAGUGGUUCAACUGGAGCUUUGUCUUGGAUGCCCUCAUGCAGCAGGAGAGGCUUUUUGCGUGGCCUGGAGCGUUAACACGCGUGGUUUUCAGCCCAGGUUGUCCAGCCAACAGUGCAGCCGAUCGCUCAAAGCCUCAACUCAGGCAUGGCCUCAUCGAUGGGCGAUCCAUGGGGACGUGCGGAAAAUAUUGGAAACCUCUUGGCGCCUGGGCGACACGAAUGACCUGUGGAGGUCACCAUGAGGUCACAGAGGUCAUGAGGCUCGGAAACUUGGAUUUGCCGCCCCCGCAAGUCCGAGCCUUAGAGGGCCUUCAAAGCCGAGGAGGGGAGGUGAGCAGGAUGAUCCUAUCCUCAGUUCUGGCAGCAGUGCCAAGCCUGGUGCCCUUCCUAGAGCAGCCCAAAGCCUGCGUCAGAGCCUCAAUGGACGGGGCGGUAGCAAUUGAAUUGCUCGCCUGCACCCUCCGAUUUCUACAGGCGGUGCCCAUCAACAAAGGCCGCUAUGCCUUGGACUUGCAGCCCUUCACACAUGUGGUGAUACACCAGGUGCUAUUGAAGACUUUGGCCGAGCCAUCUGCUUUCAGCAGUGCUCGGUAUUGGCGACUGGCAGCUUUGACUCUGCGAUGGCUACGGCUUGUACUGCGAGGACCUUUGCCGAUGAGUAGCUCUGCGGCCUUGAACACCUUGAUUGUGAGGCCCUACAGCGACAGCGAGGCGACGGCCGCCGAAGUCUAUGGGCGAUGUGCUGCAGGAAAUGCCACGGCAUAUGCCUUUCGGUGCCUUCUGAGCCUGGACUCUCCAGUGUUUGCCCGCGUGCUGAAUCUGACCCUUCUGCAGGGCCGCAGCGUCGAUGGGUCCGGCACCUACCGCGUUGAUGGACCGACCGCGAUAGAUCGCGCGGAGCUGAAGGGUGAACUUCUCGAGGUCCGACUCCUUCUGCAGCGGGAUAUCGUCUUCUCCCGGUUGCAUGCGCAGCAUGCAUCUGAACGAGCCGGCAGUUGGGGCACUGCAAGCCUUCAGGAUGGACCUGUCUUGCCAACUCACCGACUUCUGUUGGCAGAGUUUGCAUUUACAUAUCCACCUCCUGAUAUUGGCGCAGGCCGCGGCAAUUCGUACAGCAGCUACAACCCCUUCUGGUCACAUAGGCCACGCAUGGAGACGGAAGCGUUCGAUGCUCAAAGUGGACAUCGCCACAACCCGAGCUACCUGGCCUUACUCUCGGAGUUUCUUUGUGCACGUCUACAUCAUGGAGUUGGUCGAUUGGCACUUUAUGUCUUCAUGCAAUGCGCUUUCCGUGAGCCGCAGAGGGUGUUGCGACUGCUUCAGCUGGAGCCAUGGCGACUGCAAGCCAUCAGUACAGCGAUACAUGACAAGAUCGUGCAGCUGGAUACCGAGGAGGCCACCGAAGAAGUAGGAGCUGCAGCAAAGUCUCAAGGAACCACUUGGGACAAGCACAGUGAAGCAUGCUUCGCUCAUGAGGCGAUGGAGAUCGAUGCGUCCCCAGACGGCCUCAGCCAUUUGGACAUGGCUUCCUUUGAGACCUCCUUGCCAAUCUGCCGUUCAGUUGACCUCUUGCAACAGCUGGCGGAGGAUUCCGUGGUUCAGGCCGCGGACAUGGCCGUUUGGGCCCGUGGAUCCUCGGCGGAAGGAUCGGAUGCCGGCGUGGCCACCUUGCGGGGCUGUGCCUCCUCCGACUCAGCCACCUUCAGAGCUGCAUACUUGAGAGGCUUUGACAUUCCCACGGAUUGGCUCUCAGCGGGUGCUGCUGCCAUGAUGGCCACGCUGAAUGACGAGCACAUGGUGCAGCUGCCAUUUGCAGCUUUGGCUACUGUGCCCUCCUUGGCAUGGGGUUGUAAGCGGCCGGCAGUGGAGAGAGGGGACUGGCUACCUGAGAAUUUUGUACGAGGAAUCCAGCUCGAGAACCCACCGAGCCUGCCGGCCUCCAUGGACAGCGGUGGUCCCAGGCCUUCAAGCAGCAAGGCUUUGCAGCCGCAGAGUGCAACGCCAGAGAUUCAGCAGGCCAUCCAGAACCACACAGCCUAUGAAGCUUCCCUGUCUAUCGUCCUGAGCCUUUUUGCCAUACCAGCCUUGCGAGAUGUUGUUCUUCGUUAUGUGUGCCAUGCAUGGGCAUCACGAUACAAGGUACUGAAAAACCUCCUAGCUGUACCGUGGUCAUCGCUGUCCACGAUGCUUCGGCGGAUCUUGCUCUCAGAGGCAGCCCUCAUUCUGCAGGUCUGUUCCUGGGAGAUGCGAUUGGUGUGGCCUGCUGGACGACCUCCAAACAAACAGCUGGAGAGAGCAGAUCUUGUUGGACAACAGCUUCUGGACUUGAAGAUGAACGUCUCAGAGCAUUUGCAGGAGGUGGUCUCAGACUUGGUCUCUUCCCAAGACGCAGGCUGGUCGGCGCACACAGCCACGCCUUACUUGGUUGGCACAGCUCUGCGGCUGGCAGAUGCUUGUGAUGUGAUCGAUGCGGUGGUCGGUUCUGCAGCUCUGCAGGGAUCACUUCUAUUUGGUCGGGAUUCAAUGCAGGAACAUCUGAGAGCUUCCACAUGUCAGUGUAUGGCGCCGGACAAAGAUGGUGGUGGCCUCACGCGGAGCUUGGAGCUACAGGAUCCCUUUGUCUUGCUGCACUUGUCGGGUUUGAGCUUCCAACUCUCCGCCACCGAAUCCGAAGGUGAUCGCUCCAGAUUCACAGAGGAUUUGCAGCAGCUGGGAUCCAGAAAUGAAUAUGCUUGUAUUGCCUUCUACACAGAGCAAGCUUGCAAAUCUUUGGCGACCUUCGCCUCAGCAGCGCUUUGCCAUUUGGUUGGGCGGCCACCAGCGAUGGGGAACGCUUCCUCUGCAAGCGACUGCCGGGCACAGGCUGCUCGAGCGCACUUGGAAGCACUGCUUCCUGCAAUCGCAGCAGAAGAAUCUGGAGCAGAAGCGCCGCGAAGACUAGAGCUUCUGUCAGGCCUGGCAACAGCUUUUUUGGCCGCCAUGUUGGAGCGAUCAGAGGCUCCGCCAUUGGCUUUCGUACGACGGGUCUACGGGUUGCUCAGUGGAGCUCUGAUGCGGCCGGCCGUCUCCCGCGAGUCACGCAGGAAUUUGGAGGAGGCGACGCUACUUCUUUUGCAGCGCAUGUUGCCUGAUCCAGCAAUGGAAGCUGCACAAGGUUUGCAACCAGCAGAGCUGGAGCUGCAGGACCUGGAAGACCUUGCAAAGUUGUUGACCUCAUUGAUGGCUGCUGCUGUCGCUGAGGUGGAGACCGUGGAGGAAAGCGCCCAGGGAGUUGCUCUGCCACUCAUGUGUGCGCUCAUGACCCGAGUUCCAGCCACCCAACGUUCAAGAGUUUUUUCGGGUCGGCUUUGGCAGCAACUCACUGAGAUUAUUGGAGCACAAAGAGAGUCACAUGCAAGAUUUCAAAGUGCAGCACUUGCCACCAUUCUUUGUCAAGCACCUGAAUCAGCCAGUGCUUUCUUUGAAGCUGCAGGGUUUUCCGCACUACUGCGUCCGGAGAUGCUGCAAAACUGUCGCUUGCGACUUGCCCCAGCAGGGUUACAUACCUUGGACACCACGCAUCCAGCAGCUUUGGUGUCUAUCAUGCAAGUCCUUGUUUCCAUGUUGGGCGUCCUACCAACUCAUGCUUUGAUUCUUCAAAGCACUCUGCAAUGGCUUGAAAAGAACCUACAGCCUUUGCUGGAUGUUUUACAAUGGGUGACUCGUUUACCUGUGACACUGUCUGCAGAACCCCGACGUGGACAUGUUUCAGCGUUGUCCUUGGUGUCUGCUUUGGCGGCACGGAGUGGUGGGAGUGUGGGUCGCUCUGGACCUGAUGCCAUGUUGGUUUUUUGCAGAUCAGCAGAGGACGGUCAGUCAGUUGAGGAUUCAUGCGUCGAUGGGCUGGCCCACUCCCUGAGUGGUCGUCAUCCGAUGGAAAAAGCAUCUGCAGACGGUCAGUACGAAGAAGUUGCACUGUGCUAUAGGUGUGUCUCCCUUUUCACCGAGCUGUGGUCAUUGCUGCACGCGUCCAUUGCUGCGAGGGUGAAGAGCACAAUUGGCCAAGCCACUCCAGAUGCUUACUACACCAGGCUUCAGCAGCUGGAAGGCAUGGUUCAUCCAGCUCUGCCAGGGCUGACCACUCAAAUGGUCAGUGCAUGCGUCACACACCAAGAUGACAUGUCUGACUCCACCACGACUCUGCCAGAACGGAUGCACCCCUCUGAGCCGACAAGGCUGAAGAUUUGCUCCAAUGUUCUCCAAGUGUGGAGACACGAUGGUCUCACGCGACGGAUCAAAGCCCUGGCAUACAAAGGGCCACAGGGCAUUCAAGGGAUGCAAGGCCUCCAAGCACCAGGCAGUUCUCCUCCCAUCUCUAGCUUUGAUGUGAGUAGAUUACCUGGUGUGUCGCAAGAGGUGGUUGCAGAGACGAGAGUUCGAGCUGGAGUCUUGUGUGCUGUCUUUGUUUUUGCUGCUUCAAGCUUGCUAAGUUUGAGGUUCACAGAUGGUGAUGCAAGUGCAAAGGAGAGUGUAGGGAGAAUGAGCGAAACUUAUCAGGGCCACCAGUUACACUUCGAUGGAACUGAAAAGAGAUUUCGCCACUUGCUCUUUAUCCUGGAAACUUCGCUUCACUUGCUUUGUCUUCACUUCACGCUGCUGACGACUGCGGCCGAAUUGGAAGGCACUGGCAGCAAACAUCAGGGACCAUCCUUGUCUGCUGGCAUACCUCGACUCGCGAUGGUGGGCCAAUAUUUACGCUUGGUCAUUGAGUUUGCUUCAGCAUCAGGAGGCUCAGUGGCUUUGUCACACGAGGCCGAAAAGCUGGUUGCCCAGUUGCAGCUGCAGCAAGGCAGAUUCGUUUGGUCCCGCAAGUUGACUGUGUUGAUCACUCUGAAGCUCUUCCCCAACGAAUCUGACCAGGCUGAGGCCGAGUUGAUGGCAGUGGAAGCCACGGCCGAUGGUGCAGGGAUCGUUGCAGCCGAGUUCCGAGGUCACUUUCCGGCGCAGAAGGUUGCACUUUAUGAGCUGCUGCUGCGCCAGCUGCAGGAUGCGCUCUUGGAUAUCUACACGAAAAGCUUGAAAUGGGCUUUUGGUGACCAACCACAGGGGGAGUGGCAACCGCUCCACUGCACUCCGGUGCCCCCUCUUGGGCCACAAGAGAAGGUUCUCGACCUUGAGGGAAUGCCGAUUCCAACAGGUACUUCUCAGACUCCAGAUCCUAGCAAGAAACCUCCGGAAGUCAGGUUGCUGUACACAGCUUCACACAAGUCACACUGUCGUUCUGUGGCCUUUUCGACCGAUGGGCGAUUCUGUGCUACAGGCUGCACAGAUGGUAGCAUCAAACUUCUGGACACCGCGAAAAUGCGAGUCUGCGCGGCGAGCACUGAGGGACCAGUCGGUCGCAUGCGUGUGACUGAAGAGGAGCUCAUGAAACCGAUCGUCCGUGUUCUUCAGGACCACAUUCAAGGUGUUUCAUGCUUAGCUUUCCACCCCACGAACCCCACACUCUUUUCCGGCUCCUCGGACAAGGCAGUGAAGAUCUUUGACCUGACCAGACCCCCUGGCCACAAAAAGGCUUUCUCAGUGCUGCAAGAUGUUUACGCUGUCAACAGCAUUUGUAUCCAUCCCUGUGGUGACUUCCUUUUCGUCGGCACGGCGCACCAGGCCGUGCGGAUGUAUGACCUGCAGACCUUGAGCUGCUUCACGAGCUCCCACCAAGAUCAGCACCAUUCAGCAGGAAUCAAUAACCUGAGAUGCACCAGUGACGGAAAGAUUUUGGCUACAGCUUCUGCCGAUGGGUCCAUCAAACUCUGGGAUGCGGUCAACAACAGCGUCGUGAACGCUUUGCCCCAGGCCCACAGUGGUUCUUCGGUGACGUCAGUUCGAUGGAGUCGCAGCCUCCGCUACUUGCUAUCUUCUGGGAACGACGGCAGGCAUAGACUUUGGGAUGUGCGCAUGGGCAAAGAGGUCUUCUGCAUGGGCUUCGGUCCGCGCUCCGCCGACUUCGGCACGGCCGCGUUCGUCAAUGGAGAGAAGUACAUUGCAGCCGCCAACAGCAAUGUGCGCUUGAGUGAUGUGAGCCUUUUCGAUUCAACCACAGGAUCACCCGUAUUUAUGAAAAUGGGUAUGCACUCGGUCCCGAUCCAUGCGCUUGAGACUUCGCCAGUUGACAGGACACUGAUGACGGGCUGUGAUGAUGAGAAAGGCAGAUACUUCAGCAUUGAGGACAGCAGAUGUGCUGACUUUUGA